GGCGGGUCAUGUGAUUGAUCGCAGGCUAAAAGCCCCGCGCUCGGCCGCCGCUGUCGUAGUCGCUGCAGCGGCCCCCCCCCCUCAGCGAUCAUCAUGGACCUGCCCCUCUGCCCCCGGGCCGCGCUGCUGCUGUUGCUGCUGCUGAGUCUAAGCCCGGGUAUUGCUCCAGCUCAGCCAGUAGAGGAAGGCAAGGAAGCCUGGGAUUAUGUCACUGUCCGGAGUAAUGCAUCCAUGUUCUGGUGGCUCUACUAUGCCAACAACUCCUGCAAAAACUUCACAGAACUGCCUCUGAUCAUGUGGCUUCAGGGGGGUCCAGGAGGUUCCAGUACUGGAUUUGGAAACUUUGAGGAAAUUGGUCCCCUCGAUUCGGAUCUGAAACCAAGAAAAACUACCUGGCUACAAUCAGCCAGCCUUCUGUUUGUGGAUAACCCAGUGGGCACUGGAUUUAGCUUUGUAAAUCAGAGCGAUGCAUAUGCCACAGAUCUUGGCAUGGUGGCUUCGGACAUGCUGGUUCUCCUACAACAUUUUUUCAAUUCUCGGCCAGAAUUCAAGACUAUUCCGUUCUACAUUUUCUCAGAAUCCUAUGGAGGGAAGAUGGCUGCUGGGAUUUCCCUAGAGCUUUACAAGGCUAUCCAAAAGGGAAGUAUAAAUUGCAACUUCGCAGGCGUUGCCCUGGGUGAUUCCUGGAUUUCCCCUGCAGAUUCUGUGCUUUCUUGGGGACCUUAUCUAUAUAGCAUGUCUCUUCUGGAUGACCAGAGUCUAACAGAACUGACAAAAAUUGGAGAGAAAAUUCUCAGUGCUAUGAAUAUGGGACUCUAUGAAUGGGCUACCCAGCUGUGGGCAGAUGCAGAAGUGCUGGUGGAGCAGAAUACAGAUGAAGUGAACUUUUACAACAUUUUAAAUAAAAAUCCCCCUGAGUCUUCAAUGAAGAUGAGCCUAGAAUUUACCCAGCAUCAUCUAGAUCGACUUUAUCACCACCAUGUGAGAAAUCUACACCAGGAUAAGUUAAGUGUACUCAUGAAUGGACCCAUCAGAAAGAAGCUCAAAAUCAUUCCAGAUUACAUCACCUGGGGAAAACAGUCAAAUUUAGUUUUCAAGAUGAUGGAGAAGGACUUCAUGAAGCCUGUGAUUAACAUCGUAGAUGAACUGCUGGAUGCUGGCAUCAAUGUCAUAAUUUACAACGGGCAAUUAGACCUCAUAGUGGACACCGUGGGUCAGGAGGCAUGGUUGCGUAAACUGAAGUGGCCUGAGCUGAGUACUUUUAAUCAGAUGAAGAGAACGCCUCUCUAUGUUAAUCCUGAGUCUUAUGAUACAUCUGCUUUCUUUAAGUCCCACAAGAACCUUGCUUUCUUCUGGAUUCUCAAGGCCGGUCACAUGGUUCCAUCAGACCAAGGAGAAAUGGCCCUGAAAAUGAUGAGGAUGGUGACUGGACAAGAAAGUUGAGAUGGAAGCCAACUGGCCUGGCCUCUGUAACUCAGUGCAAUGUCAAGGUCAUUGACAGUGUCAAGGGCACUUUACUGAGUUAGGUAACAAAAUGACCACUGAGGUAGCAGGGGCCUUUCUUUUAGAUGUCAAAAAAUGGGCUCUUAUCUGUGAAGCUUUGAGUCGACAUACAUAUCUUCCUAAAUUGAGCCUUUUGCCGUGACUAAAGACCUCCCAUGACUACCUUCCUAAAAUGCCCUUGGUUUAGGGUUGGGUUGGGGUUUUUUUUUGUUUCUUGUUUUUUGGGGGCCUGUGUGGGAAUUACAGGAUGCCUAAGACUUUUCAUAGACCUAUUUUCAUCAGGAUGAAGUUUCAAGUGUUUUUGUGCUUCUCUUUAAUGUAGCCAAACCUAGAAUUGUUUUUGGAUUUGAUAUCUUUAAUGAAUUAAAAGGAUCCAGAUUUCUUCCAUGUUCUUUUUGUCAAUAACAUGUUCGAAGUCAGCAUUUCAGUACUGAACCCUCCUGAGGGUUUUGCCAUUAAGUUGACACUUUUAAUAAAAAUGACUGUUACUGGUUGCUGGCACACACAGACAAUCCAACAAGCAUUUACUAAGAGCCUGCUAUAUGCAAAGCACUCUCUAACAUUAGCGAAUUUCCUGUGUGGACCUGAAGAAGGAGAGCGGCCUCUUAACUUCCUCCUGUCUGUUGAAGAGAGUUUUAAUAACCAUCACCAGACUGGGAUUCAGCCUUUGAUGCUACCUCCUGCCUGUCUGCCCUCUGACUGGUCUGCAGUGACAUCAUUUAUCAUCUGCGAGUGACCCCCAUCAGAUCUAACCCUUCAUGUCUUGACCUUAAAAAUGAAAAUGGCUUCCUUGUUUCACUACCUUGGUCUUUGCUUUAACACCAGCCUGUUCUCAGGUUCUCUGGCAGAUGUAACUCUGAUGUCUUAGUUUAUAGUUCAGAGUGGUCACAUCAUUGAGAGGGACAGGAACUGCAAGCCUGUCCUCUUCCUAGGUAGGACUGCUGCAGUAUGGAUUAACAUGUCCACAACAGACCUCAGUUAUCUAUCUCCAAACCCGUCUCCUCCUCCAAACUCCAUUAUCUUUCCAGUCUCCCAGGUUCAUAAUCUCAGUGUUAUCAUCAAUCCCUUACUUUACCUUGACUUCUAGAUCCAUUCAAUUGCCCAAUCUCUUUUUUUCCUACCUCAAUAGACUCUGGUAUCUGUCUUCUUGCCUACUUCUCUCCAGUCGUGGCUACCAUUCUAGUUCAGGUACCUAAUCCCUUCUCAUCUAGACUAUUGAAAUGACUUCCUGUUUAGUCUUCCUGCCUCCAAUCUUUCCCUACUCCAAUUUAUCAUUGAUACAGCUGACAAAGUCAUUUUCCCUAAGGCACAGAUCUGCUGUGAGUAAACUUCAGUGGCUCCCUAUAACUCCUAGCCUCUAGAAUCAAAUGGAAGCUCAGGUUGAUAUUUUAAAUCCUUUACAAUCUGGCCCAAUCCUACAUUUCUAACCUUUAUCACUCAUUACUUUCACAUACAUUAUGAUUCUGCUAAACUUGCCUCACCCAGGUUUCCAUCUCCCAUCACCAUGCUUUUGCAUCAGCUGUCCCUCCUAUCUGGAAUGUGCUCUGUCCUCUCCUUUGCCUGUUAGAAUCCCUAGCUUCCUUCACAGCUCAGUUCCAGCUGCAUCUUCCAUGUGAAAAGAAGCCUUUCUCGAUCCUUCCCACUAUUAGUGCCUUUUACCCAAUGCUUUAUAUACAUAUAUGUAUACAUACAUCCCCCUCUCUCUCUCCCCAGCACCUAGCAUGUGCUUCAUAAAUGUUUGUUGACUGUAAUUAUCUUGUUAAAUCACAUACUGAAAAAAGAAUUCUAAUAAAAUGAGAAAGCUUUUGA